AUGCACGAAACGCUGUCCAAAGCUCUGUGGAUCGCCGCAAAGAGCAAUGACGUAGUUCCCCUGCAGACACCAAUGGCACACCGCCAUCUGUACAAGCACAUCAUCAAGCAUGAGGCUACCGUACGAGAGACCGCCGCUCCCAAGUGUGUGGAGCAUGGGCUCGUGGGACAUCGUGAGGUGCGCUGGCUGCCCAGCGCGCUGAAGUAG